GGGGGCGUGCAGGUGAGCGGACAGGCCGAGUUUCGCCGGCAUGGCCGAGGCCAGGAAGCGCCGGGAGCUCCUUCCCCUGAUCUACCAGCACUUACUGCAGGCGGGCUACGUGCGCGCGGCGCGGGAAGUGAAGGAGCAGAGCGGCCAGAAAAGUUUCCUGACUCAGCCUGUGACCCUUAUGGACAUCUAUACUCACUGGCAACAAACCUCAGAGGUUGGCCAGAAGCGGAAGGCAGAGGAGGAUGCAGCGCUGCUGGCUAAGAAGACCCGAGUGUCAGACCCCAUUAGCAGCUCAGAGAGCUCAGAAGAGGAGGAGGAGGAGGAGACAGAAGCUGAAGCCACCAAAACCACCCCAAGACUAGCAUCUACCAACUCCUCAGUUCCAGGAUCGGUUUUGCCAUCAAGCACAAAAGAAAAAGGCGUGGCAAAGACCAACAAAGCCAGCAAGAUGGUCAACUCCACACCACAUCCGGCCUCUGCCAAGGCAGUGGCCCACAUUCUGUCUGGGAGAUCACCCAGGAAGUCUGCAGGGCCCUCGGCAAAUACCAUCCUGGUCUCGGAAACUGAGGAAGAGGGCAGUGUCCCGGCACUCGGAACCACAGCCAAGCCUGGAAUGGCAUCAGCCAACCAGGCCGACAGCUCCAGCGAGACCUCCAGCUCCAGUGAUGAGACCGAUGUGGAGGUGAAGGCCUCAGAGAAAAUUGUCCAGGCCAAAGCUGCCUCGGGUCCUGUCAAGGGGACCCCUGGGAAAGGGGCCACUCCAGCUCCCCCUGGGAAGGCAGGGCCUUCGGCUGCCCAGGCCAAGACAGAGAAGCCAAAGGAGGACUCAGAUAGCAGUGAGGAGGACUCCGACAGCGAGGAGGAGCCACCAGCUGCCAAGACGCCACUUCAGGUGAAGCCUUCAGGGAAGACACCCCAGGUCAAAGCUGCCUCAGCUUCUGCCAAGGAGUCCCCUAGGAAAGGGGUCCCUCCAGUGCCCCCCGGCAAGGUAGGGCCUGCAGCCGGCCAGGCUAAGAAGGGGGCGGGGGAGGAAGACCCGGACAGUAGCACCGAGGAGUCUGACAGCGAGGAGGAGGCACCAACAGCUGUACCCCCAACCAGGAGCCCUGUUCAGGCAAAGCCCUCAGGGCAAAACUCCCAGGUCAGAACUGCCUCGGGUCCUGUCAAGGGGCCCCCUCAGAAGGCAGGGCCUGCAGCCACCCCAGUAGGAAAACAGGAGGAGGACUCAGAGAGCAGCAGCGAGGAGGAAUCAGACAGCGAGGGGGCAGCGCCAGCCCAGGCAAAGUCUUCUGGGAAAAUCCCCCAGGUCAGAGCUGCCUCGGGUCCUGCCAAGGGGCCCCCUCAGAAGGCAGGGCCUGCAGCCACCCAGGCCAAGGCCAAGAUGUCCAAGGAUGACUCAGAGAGUAGUGAGGAGGAGUCAGAGAGUGAAGAGGAGGCGCCUGCAGCCAUGGCUCCAGUCCAGGCAAAAUCAACUGUGAAAACACCCCAGACGAAGGCCUCCCCAAAGAAGGGCACCCCCAUUACCCCUAUACCUGCCAAAGCUCCCCCAGUGCGAGUGGGCACACCAGCCCCUUGGAAGGCGAGAGCAGAAGCUUCUCCAGCCUGUGCCUCGUCUCCAGCUAUGGCGAGGGGCGCCCAGAAGCCAGAGGCCUCUUCAAGCAGCGAGGAGUCUGAGAGUGAGGAGGAGACUGCUCCCGCCCCAGCAGCAGGACAGGCAAAGCCUGUGGGGAAAGGUGUCACCGUGAAGGCUGCCUCCACACCCACCAAGAGGCCCUCAGGCCAAGGGACUGCCCUAGCACCCCCUGGGAAGGCAGGGCCUGCAACAGCCCCAGUGAAAACUGAGGUGCAGGAAGACUCCUCAGAGAGCAGCGAGGAGGAAUCGGGCAGUGAGGAGGCUGAGGAGGCGGCUGCGGCUCCUGCUCAGGUGAAGACCGCAGUGAAAACCCCUCAGAGCAAGGCCAACCAAGCUCCCACCAGAGCAACUUCAGCCAAAGGGGCAGCAUCAGCUCCAGGAAAAGUUGUCAGUGCAGCUGUUCAAAUCAAGCAGGAGUCCCCGGCCAAGGUAAAGCCACCAGCAAGAACCUCCCAGAGCAAUGCUGUCUCAGUGAGGGGCCAGGGCGCUGUGCCAGCUGUGGGGAAGGCAGUGGCCACAGCAGCCCAGGCCCAGCCAGGGCCAGUCAAGAACCCAGAGGAGGACUCGGAGAGCAGUGAGGAGGAGUCCGACAGUGAUGGGGAGGCCCCCACUCCGGUGAAGCCCUCAGGGAAGACCCCCCAGGUCGGAACUGCCUCAGCCCCCAGCAAGGGGCUGUCCAGGAAAGGGGCCACAGCAGCCCCUCCCAGGAAGACAGGAGCCGUGGCCACCCAGGCUGGGAAGCCGGAGGAGGACUCUGAGAGCAGCAGUGAGGAGGAGUCUGACAGCGAGGAGGAGGCGCCGGCCCAGGUAAAACCUGGUAUAAAGCCUCCCCAAACCAAGGCUUCCCUGCUGAAAGGUGUCUCAGGCACUCCUGCAUCUGCCGAGGCCUCCACAACACGAGUGGACAACUCAGCCCCACAGAAGGCUAGACCAGCACCUCCUGCCAAGAAAGAGGGGAGCUCCAAAACUGCGAAAAGCAAGGCCCAGGCCCCAGCACCUCCGGAGAAGAACGCAGAGGGGUCCUCCGAGAGCAGCGACGACGAGCUGCCAGCCACCCAGGUGAUUAAACCCCCUCUGAUUUUUGUCGACCCUAAUCGUAGUCCAGCUGGCCCAGCUGCUACCGCCACACAAGCUCCAGCUGCAGACACCCCGAGGAAGGCCCAGGCCUCGGAGAGCACAGCCAGGAGCUCCUCCUCCGAGAGUGAGGAUGAGGAUGUGAUCCCCGCUACGCAGUGCUCCGUUCCUGCCGGUAGAACCAACGUGACCCCACUCACGGCCCACCCAAGGCCGGCUGUCAGAGCCAGCACUGUUGGGGCCAGCGGCGGUGAGGCAUCCGGUCGGGUGUCAGAAGGCAAGAAGCAGGAGGCACCCAUCACUCAGGUGACAAAGAGGAACCCUGCUCACCUCCCGCUGACCCAGGCUGCCCUGAAGGUCCUUGCUCAGAAAGCCAGUGAGGCCCAGCCUCCUGCUGCCAGGACCCCGUCUUCAAGUGGGGUUGACCAUGCUCUGGGCACACUCCCUGUAAUGAGUCCUCAGAUCACCCCUGUGCAGGCCAAGAUGACCAACAAGCUCAAAAAGGCUGAGGUCCCUGCAGUCGAGCGAGCCACAGCCACUCCUGUGGGACACCCCAAAGCCAAGGCCUCUGAGACCUCCAACGACAGCGAGGACAGCAGCGGCAGCUCUUCAGGGAGUGAGGAGGAUGCUGACGGGCCCCAGAAGGCCCACAGGCGGGUAGGUCCAGCCCCCUCUGCGACGGAGACCUUGGUGGAGGAGACCACAGCAGAGUCUAGCGAGGAUGAGGUCGUGGCACCCUCUCAGUCUCUCCUCUCAGGUUAUGUGACCCCUGGGCCAACUCUGGCCAACUCCCAGGCUUCAAAGGCCACUCCUAGGCCAGACCUCAACCCGUCGGCUUCCUCUACUUCCAUCAGCAAAGAUGCCCCAGAUGGCAAGCAGGAAGUGGAGCCCCAACACGUAGCAGGCACUGUAUCCCCUAAAACAAGCAGGAGAGAGGCUGAUGCCACGCCUCAGAAGCCCCGGAAGCCCAAGAAGGAGGCCGGGAGCCCCCAAGCCUCCACGCUGGCCCUGCAGAGCGACAUCAGCCGACGCCUCCUGAGUGAGCCCUGGCCCCUGAAUGAGGCCCAGGUCCAGGCCUCGGUGGUGAAGGUCUUGACAGAGCUGCUGGAGCAGGAACGGAAGAAGGCCGCCGAUGCCGCCAAGGAGAGCAACAGGAAGGGCCGGGUGGGCCGCAAGCGGAAGCUGUCGGGGGACCAGACAGCAGCCAGAGUCCCCAAGAGCAAGAAAAAGAAGCAGCUCGUGGCCGGGGGAGGUGGGGAGGGUGCUGCUGGCUCACCAGAAAAGGCCCUCAGGACUCCCAAGGGGAAAGCCAAGAGAGAUGGAGCAAGCAGUGACAUCAAGGAGAAGAAGGAGAAAGAGUCUCCUGGCUCUCUAGAGGCCAAGGAGAAGCCGGAAGGGGAGCCGGGGACACUGAAGGUUGAAGGUGGAGACCAAGGCAACCCAAAGAUCAAGAAGGAGAAAAAGAAAUCAGAUAAGAAAAAAAAAGACAAGGAAAAAAAGGAAAAGAAGAAGAAGGCAAAAAAGGCCUCAACCAAAGACCCUGACUCACUAUUCCAGAAGAAAAAGAAGAAAAAGAAGAAGACAGCAGAGCAAACUGUCUGAGGGGCACAAGGCGACAGGGAUUUCUUAGCCAAGUGGUGACCAGCCCCAUGCCUCUGCCCUGUGCCCACCGUGGGCUGGAACUGAAUCUUUAGCUUCCCCCCUCCCCAGAAGAGGCCAGCCAGCCACAGUGUCCACGCUGGCCGAGCUAGUGAGCCCUGCAGAGGCUGGUCCGAGGAGGAGGAGAAGCUUCCAGCUCCAAUGACUGGCACUCACUGACUCCGCGUCUGACUUCUGUCCUGACACAGAAUGCUUCAUAGAGAUGUGUACAGUAUAUAUAUAUUUUUUUAAGAGACCUGCCCCUCCCCCUUCAAACUGACACUCCCAGAGGCCUCGGGACCUUCCAUCCUUUGACCUGCAGACCCAGCAAGGCCCGGCCUGCAGCUCCUCCCAUGUCCCUGGUCUCUGGUCUCUGGCUGAUGCUGAGGCUUUGUCCUCUCUGUUUUUCACAUUUUGUUUGUGGUUUUUUGUAACAACUCGGAAAAUAAAAGGCUUGAAGGA